UUCCCUUCCCCGCCCAGCCGUCACCUGAGGGAAGAUGGCUUCAAACAGGGGAGCAGGGAACCGCGAGGACCAAGAGACGGUGUCCGGCGCUGAGGUCAUUGCCCAGGCGCUGAAGAAACAGAAUGUGGACUACAUGUUUGGCAUCGUGGGCAUCCCUGUGACCGAGAUCGCCGUGGCCGCGCAGGCCGUGGGCAUCAAGUACAUCGGCAUGAGGAACGAGCAGGCGGCUUCUUAUGCUGCCUCUGCCGUGGGAUACCUGACAGGCAGGCCAGGAGUUUGCCUUGUGGUUUCUGGUCCAGGUUUUAUCCAUGCUCUUGGUGGAAUGGCAAAUGCAAACAUGAACUGUUGGCCUCUGAUUGUUGUUGGUGGUUCUUCUGACAGUAAUCAAGAAAUGAUGGGAGCCUUCCAGGAGUUUCCCCAGGUUGAAGCUUGUAGGUUAUACAGCAAGCUGUCUGUCAGACCGAGCAGCAUAGAAGCUAUUCCCUUUGUUAUUGAAAAGGCUGUGAGAAUCAGUAUUUAUGGUCGGCCAGGUGCCUGCUAUGUUGACAUUCCUGGAGACCUUGUGAACUUACAGGUGAAUGCAAGCUCCAUAAAGUAUGUGGAGUGCUGCAUGCCCCCCCCAGUUAACAUGGCAGAUGCUUCAGCUGUAUCUGCGGCAGCAUCUAUCCUCAGGAAUGCAAAACAACCCCUUCUUAUCAUAGGAAAAGGUGCUGCUUAUGCACAUGCUGAAGACAACAUCAGAAAGUUGGUGGACCAGUGUGGCUUGCCAUUUCUGCCCACACCCAUGGGCAAAGGUGUUGUUCCUGACAACCAUCCCAACUGUGUGGCAGCAGCCAGAUCCAGGGCAUUGCAACAUGCUGAUGUAAUCCUGUUACUGGGUGCCAGGUUAAAUUGGAUUUUGCACUUUGGACUCCCUCCAAGAUAUCGAGCUGAUGUGCAGAUUAUCCAGGUUGAUAUCUGUGCAGAAGAGCUGGGGAAUAAUGUUAAACCUGCUGCAGCACUGUUAGGUGAUAUAAAUGCUGUCACUACACAGUUUUUAGAACAUUACAGCAAAAGGCCAUGGCAAUAUCCUCCUAAUGCUGAAUGGUGGAAGGUACUGAGAGAAAAAAUGAAGAGCAAUGAAGAAGUAUCCAAGGAAUUAGCAUCACAAAAAUCUUUGCCUAUGAAUUAUUACACAGUAUUCUACCAUGUCCAAGAACAGCUACCAAGAGACUGUAUUAUAGUAAGUGAAGGAGCAAAUACUAUGGAUAUUGGACGGACUGUGCUUCAAAACUACCUUCCUCGUCAUAGACUGGAUGCUGGUACUUUUGGGACAAUGGGAGUCGGUUUGGGCUUUGCUAUCGCUGCUGCUGUGGUGGCUAAAGAUAAAAAUCCAGAAAAACGUGUGGUCUGCGUGGAAGGAGACAGUGCUUUUGGAUUCUCUGGCAUGGAGGUGGAAACUAUCUGCAGGCAUAAUUUGCCAAUCCUUCUCAUUGUGGUGAACAACAAUGGAAUUUAUCAAGGCUUUGAUGCAGAAACCUGGAAAGAGUUAACAAAACUUGGAGAAAUUUCCCAAGUGGGACCUCCUGUCUCUCUCCUGCCAAAUUCCCAUUAUGAGCAGAUCAUGACUGCAUUUGGCGGCAAAGGAUAUUUUGUACAGACUCCGGGAGAGCUGCAGAAUGCUCUGACAACAAGCUUAGCUGAGAAAACAGUACCGUCUCUCAUCAACGUUAUGAUUCAGCCUCAAGCCAGUCGGAAGGAACAAGAUUUUCACUGGCUAACUCGUUCUAAUAUGUGACUGAAGCUGCCAGUGGGAAGCCUCAAGGAGUCCAUCCUUUCCAGCCGGACGAAGGCUAUUAUCCACGCACAGAGCAACAUUACCAGUUUUUCAAAUUGUACUAAGCAAAAGGAGAAAAAACUAUUAGAAUCAGACGUAAAAGAUUUGCAAUGUUUUUACCAAGGUUAUUCAGUGGAAAUAGCUAUUUGAAGAUGUGGUUAAGAUGAGAAUCUUUUAAAUCAUUAUAUAAUGAGCCUUUUUAUUUUGCAUAAAACUAACAUCUGUUUGAAUCCAUUCUUAGAAUUAGGUACAUUUUUAAAACAUCUUUAAAAAAAGGCAAAAAACUUUGAUCAGGUGCCAAAUGGGAGACCUAUAUAAUAAAUCA